UUCGUAUUUCUCUUUCUCCUUCAUUUUGAAACUCUCCCUUUGUCAUCUCCACCCCUCUCCUCUCCCUUUGAUAUAGACAACCAACUAGCAUGCUUGAAUGUCCAGAGACAGGGAGAGAUCUGAAGAGUUAGGAAAGAGGAUCAAGAGGGAGAGUGAUGCAUCUUCUCUUAUGGGGAGGAGACAAAUGUUAGGUCCUCCUGUAAUUUUGAACACUGUUACACCUUGUGCUGCAUGUAAACUUUUAAGGAGAAGAUGUGCUGAAGAGUGCCCUUUUUCUCCAUAUUUCUCUCCGCAUGAACCCCAGAAAUUUGCUGCUGUCCACAAAGUCUAUGGUGCAAGCAAUGUCUCCAAGCUGCUAAUGGAGGUGCCAGAAAGUCAAAGAGUCGAUACUGCAAAUAGUCUAGUUUAUGAAGCGAACUUGAGGCUAAGAGAUCCAGUAUAUGGCUCCAUGGGUGCAAUUUCAGCUUUACAACAACAAAUUCAAUCAUUACAAGCUGAACUUAGUGCAAUAAGAGCUGAGAUACUCAACUACAAAUACAGAGAAGCUGCUGCUGCUACUAACAUCAUUUCUUCUACUCAUCCUGCUUUAGUUUCUUCUGCGACCGUGUCCAUUUCAACACCAUCACAAACACUUGCUCCACCACCACAACCACCUCCUCCAUCAGUUGUUGUUUCUUCAUCUUCCUCUUCUUCUCUUUAUACAACACCAACUAGCACAUCAGGUUAUAGCACUAUUUCAAGUGAAAAUAAUGUCCCAUAUUUUGAUUAAUUUUAUUCUAGACCAUAGUCGGUUUUUAUACAAUUACCAUUGCAUGUGGUAUAAUAAUGUUGCCUUAUGUUUAAUGGUAACUUGUUGUAAAGAUUGAGAAGUCAUGGGGAAAGAAAGAGAACCCGGGGCAUUAAAUCAAAAUCGUAGUGAAUUUUAAGGACCUGAGAACUUCCCGUUUCAUAAUUUCUUAUGACAUUGUUGCUUUGUUUUAAA